AUGUCUCCAAGAAAUUCAAGACAAAAAGAAACAAAAAAUACAACUAAAUCCUUGGCUCUAAAGAAAUCCGUGGCAUACCAAGAGAAGAUGAAUCUAUUAAAAGUCGAAUUGAAUAAACUUAGUAAAUCUAAGAAUAACCUUGAGCAAUUUAGAAAAGAAAAUGAAGAGCACAAACGAUACUAUGAACAAACUCAACAAACCAUAUUUUCUGAGUAUCUUUCAACAAUUGAAUAUUUACAAAACAGGGUUGAUCAAUUAGAAUUAUAUUUAGGUAUUGGUACAAGCAAUUAUAUAGUUAAGAAUGAGAGUUCAGAUAAGAGUUCAAAAUCUGGUGAUAAAAUGGGCGACCUAAUUUUUGCAAAUGUGCAUGCAUCGGGAGCUGCAACUUUUGCUUCUUCAGUUGUGGCUAUGACCUCUGUUGCUGCUUCUUCUUUCGCAGCUAUGAGCUCUGUUGCUGCUUCUUCCGAUAUUCCUGAUUCUGAGUAUAUUGGUGAUAAGGCUGACUCAACAAAUAACCCACCAGAACAAAUAACUAAAACAACAAGUAACCAGCCAUUACUAGUUAUUGAUAAGGAAUCAAUUGAUACAACAUGGCUGCUUGUUGAAUUCUCAGAACAAUGCAUCGAAGAAAGUACCAAAAAAAGUUCUAAAGAGAGUUCAAACGAGCAUGAAAAAAGAAAAGGAGGAAUAAUAUUCAAAAACUGCCUCUAG